AUGAUGCGGAAUCUUGUUUUUGCUUCAUUACUGUUCCCUACCGUACUCGGUUUAACAUGCACCGUCUGCGAAUUCAAAUUGUUGCCACCGCAUAGUACGAGCUGCAACGAAACCUGCGAGGGGGACGUUUGUUUUAUCGUUGUAAACAAGUUCUUCAACGGAACCAUCAACGCGGGAUGUAUGCAUUUGCGCGACGACGACAAAUUCACUGAAGAAGCUGUAUGCCAAAGGACAGCCUACGACAAUCGAUGCGCAUGCGACACCGGCGAUAAGUGCAAUGAUCCGAAAGCCAAACUCUCAUCAUUCACAUUCACUGAGAAUCCGGUGCUAGGUGACUAUCAAUGGGUGCCUCAAAUUCAGCCAUCAAUGGCGACUGUACGAACAGAAGAGCCGCUAGAUUUGGAUCCGUUGAAUGGAACAGUUUUGUCGAACGAUGAAGAAAUUAUCAAGUCGUCUGAGCUUGAAGCAAUCGUGACAGACAAUCGAAAUAAAACGGACACAGAAAGUGAGGAGCAACUUCUGACGGUCACCACUACCGUCGGCAUCAAUGAAGGAAUGUCAAGUCAUGGUUCAACCCGAGGUUGGGGCACCAUUGAAAUGGCGAAUGUGACGCAAUACCGAGGUGCUCCAGCUCCAAAUAUUUCGGUUGUUCGCGAUGAAAAUGAUCCGAAUUCGAGCCAAAUCUCAGCAUUGUUAUUGGCACUUCUCGUCCCACUCGUUCUACUUCUCUAG